UGUUACUCGACAUUCUAAAUGAAACAUACCAUCAGGUGGCGCAAAGGGAUAUGCGACGAAUUUUUAAUAUUAAAGUCAUUAAUGUAUUUACAUGGCGAAAGGGAAAGAGCAGCGUCAUGCUGGGAAGGGAGAUCACGUUCAGCAACCGCGUUUUCGGGGUAAAUUUAAGUCCAAAACGACGAGAAUCAUCCGAUGUCAAGAUCCAAAGCACAGCCUGAGGAGGAAAAUAAUUGAUUAAUAAAGCAGACGGGCAGUGAUUGUUGCGCUGAGUGCGUCCUAUAGGCUGGAGGCACUGAUUUGGCGUUGUGGUGAGAGAUUUUCCCAUUGCUCGACUUUCUGAAUUAUUCUCUUGAAGAUGGAGUUUGGGGAAAGGAAGAGGAGACGGAAGUCGCAGAGCUUCAAACUGGUCACGGAUGAAGAUUUCGGCUCUUCAUAUGGGAUAAAUUCCAGCUGCAGAGAUGCCAAUGGUCAGAGUAAAGAUGCUGCCGUGCCUCAAGUUUGGAUGGGCGAAGAGAGCAUGGAAAUCAAGAAACAAAUCAUUGGAAUGAUGAGGCUCCUGGGUGACAAGACUGGGAGAGUCUAUCAGCGUUUGGGUGUCGAGCAGAACAGAUCAACAAAAGAGCCCCAGGAUAGCCAACUGAACUGUAUGCACACACCUCCAAUUUUACCUGUUGUGUCAGAAGACAACCAGUACCAAAGCUGGAGCUCUCCAGGAGACCCAGAGCUUCCACCCUCAUCCGAAUCAACGUCAAUCCCUAAUGGUCAAGCCUGCAGCCAGUACAGCACCCGCUCCAGGGUGCUCAGGACUGUCAGCACCACAAAGGAUUUAAUAAAACCCAAUGAAACAAAAGAUGAGCUCCGUCCUGCUGUGCCAGAAACCCCCUGUUGCAUGUGUAACUGUAAAGGCACCUUGCAGGCGAUAUUGCACGAGCUUCGUGCAAUGAGGAGGCUGAUGCAGACUCAGAAAGGAACAUUUGAAAGGCGGGAACACGCUAAAUCAUCAUGCCAGCCUCACAUCAGCCUGAGUUCUUCUCCACUCCGCACCUCUCAGAAGAGAAGACCUAUUUAUAAGGUGGCUCCACUGAAUCUCUGUGGCACCGGAACAACGGCUCUUUUGUCUCCAGGGGGUUCGACUCUGAAAACUUCACCCCCAGAAGCUGCGAAGAAAAAGGAAUGUGAGAAACUCGACUCAUCUAUGAUCUCCUGUGAUGUUUCUGAGCCUCCAUGUAGGAAUGAUCAGAUAGCAGACUCUGGCACACACAGUCCACUUCUGAAUGCACUUGGUGGACAUCAGGCAUUAGAGUCUGACGUUCGCCUUGCGGAGGAUUACGAUGUAUUUAUCUCAAAGGCCCAGCUAGACUCCAUUUUGGUCAACUAUACACGCUCUGGCAGCUUGCUGUUUCGGAAGCUGGUGUGUGCCUUCUUUGAUGAUGCUACUUUGGCCAAUUCUCUGCCAAAUGGUAAAAGGAAGCGAGGGCUCAACGACAACCGUAAGGGCUUGGACCAGAACAUUGUGGGUGCUAUUAAAGUGUUUACAGAGAAAUACUGCACUGAACACAGAGUAGAGAAGUUGCCUGGACCACGAGACUGGGUACAGAUCCUUCAAGAUCAGAUCAAACUUGCCAGAAGAAGGCUGAAACGAGAUGCUGCAGAUGCUGAGGAAAACUCAAAUGAACCAUCUACAAGUACUAACCUCACAUGAGUCUGCCCACAGCUGGAUGGCUUUCACACACAUAUACAGCAGGGUUUCAUUUUUAACAGGUUUGAAAGUGAUGAGCAGAAAUUAUUAAACAUGACUGAUUUCAUCAGCUGCCACUAUUGCCUGGCAGCAGAUCAGCUUAUCUUUAAUAUUUCUCUGGCUUUAUUUAUUUGUCACCCUGUGUCUUUCCUUUAUAUCAGUGAUAAACAAUUUGAACUGCACAACAAAAGG